AUGACCGCUAGUCUUUCCCCUCAACCUCUUUCUACGCUUGCUCCUGCUCGUGCCCAUGAAGGAUCAUCUAUAGUAACAAUAUGUUCUUCUCCGGAUGAUGUCGUCGCGAAAAAUGAGCAGGCUGCAAAUUCUGUUGUUAUCAACGCGGCUGCCAAAGCUUCUCAUUGGUCCGAGUUGUCUUCUCUCGCACUUGGUAUUUCGCCUCCAAAAACCGAUUCUGAGUCAUUCCAAAUUUCCAAGCGCGAUAAGCUUAUCACUAUUGAGUCUGCGGAAUUUCGUCGUUGUUUGCUUCAGACUGCAAUGUUCUGCAAGUCUGAACAAAUUAUCGACGAUUUGAAGGAGCAGGUAUCCAAGCUAACUGCUGAAGCGAAUGAUGCUGCUAAGCUUCGCGCGAAGAAUGAGGAGCUUAAAGCUCUAAACCGGAAACGUACAUCCGAAUGGUAUGACUUUGAAUUCGCCGUGAAGGAUACCAGAGACGAAUGUGUCGCCUUGAAGGCUCAGGUUACUCAGUUGAAGAAUGACCGUUUGCGUUUAAAUGAUCAAGUAAUGGGACUCCAGGUUACUAAAUCUGGUUGGCGUACUCGGUCGGAUCAACACAGUUCUGUGUCUGGUCAACUUUCCAGGGCUCUAGAGGUGUCCAAUAUGCUGAAUCGCGCUCUUCUUGACGAGAAUCGAACUUUGUCUGAUGACAAUCGCGGUUUGAAAUAUAAUAUGCUUUCUAUUGAUGACGCGUAUCAUAGGCUUCAACAAGAUCAUAAUAUGUUAGAAAAUUCUCUUCAAUCUCAUAAGGAAGUAGUUAAUGAUUUAGCGUCGAAGUUGGUAAAAUUAUCGGAAGAAAAAGAUGAAGCCCGCCAAAGUAAAGAUAAGGCGUUGAAGGAUCUUCGGUUACUUCAAGAUGUUAACCAUCAACAUGUAGUUUCGCGUGACCUUUGUGUAAUUGUUUCACAGAAUGAAGAGGAGGUUGUCGUACUGAAGAAGAAGCUUGCGAUUUCCCAUGAGGAGAUGGUUGAGGCUCAUAGAGAGCGAGAUUCUUCUUCUAAGCAAUUAUCCAUGGUUUCUCGUUUGUUUUUCGUGGAUGGGGAUGUUAAGAGGUAUUCCAAGGUGACACAACAACGCGUGAAUGAGGAGACUCAGCUCGCAGUUAAUUGGGUUUGCAAAAACCAUGGGCUCCCACACGAAGAAUAUCCUCAGUUUCCUGUUAGCGAUAAUGAAAAAGAUGAAGAUUGUAACGCAAACAUAUCUUUAGGCGAACACAUUGAUGAUGGGGAAUCUGGUCCUGUUGAUGCUGGUGAUGUUGAGAAAGAAAAAAAUCGUUCACAGACUGGAGGUGGUGGUAUCGCGAACAAGCAAUCCACUGAAGGUGCUGAUUCUUUGGUGCAAACUAUCUAG